CUCCCCUUCCUCCGCGGAGGCUGACGUGGAGGCAGCCGCGCGGGCGGCGGCGGCGCGGAGGCUCGGUGGUGCCCAGCCCUCUCCCGGCUGCGCUGGUCGGGGUGGCGGCGGCAGCAGGAGCCGGAGAAGGAGAAGGGAGGCGUCUGUGCAGCCGGCCCGCACACGCAGGAGGGAACAUGGACGGCGAUCGGACCGAGAGCGACUGGCAGGGGCUGGUGAGCGAGUACCUGGUGUGUAAGCGGAAGCUGGAGAGCAAGAAGGAGGCCCUGCUGAUCCUCUCCAAGGAGCUGGAUACCUGCCAGCAGGAGAGGGACCAGUACAAACUCAUGGCUAAUCAGCUGCGGGAGCGGCACCAGUCCCUGAAGAAGAAGUAUCGGGAGCUGAUUGAUGGAGACCCAUCACUUCCCCCUGAAAAGAGGAAGCAGGCUAAUCUUGCACAGCUGUUGAGAGACUCUCAGGACAGGAAUAAACAUCUGGGAGAAGAAAUUAAAGAACUCCGGCAGAGGCUUGGCGAAGUCCAGGGUGACAAUAAGCUGUUGAGGAUGACAAUUGCUAAACAAAGGCUCGGAGAUGAAGAAAUUGGCAUGAGGCAUUUUGCAGCCCAUGAGCGGGAGGAUUUGGUUGAGCAGCUGGAGCGAGCUAAGGAACAGAUCGAGUCCUUGGAACAUGACCUGCAGGCAUCAGUGGAUGAACUCCAGGAUGUUAAGGAAGAGCGGGCUUCCUACCAGGACAAAGUGGACCGGCUGAACCAGGAGCUCAACCAUAUCCUGGGUGGUCAUGAGAACCGGAUCAUUGAUGUGGAUGCUCUGUGCAUGGAGAACAGAUAUCUCCAGGAGAGAUUGAAGCAACUCCAUGAAGAGGUCAGCCUUCUGAAGUCAAACAUCGCCAAGUACAAGAAUGCUCUUGAGAGACGGAAAAACUCCAAGGGUCAAGGCAAGUCCAACAGUAGUGCUCUGACCGGGGUCCUGUCUGCGAAGCAAGUCCAGGAUCUGCUCUCUGAAGACCACGGGUGCAGCCUCCCAGCUACUCCGCAAUCCAUUGCUGACCUGAAGUCUCUGGCCACGGCCCUGCUGGAAACGAUCCACGAGAAAAACAUGGUCAUUCAGCACCAGAGGCAAACCAACAGAAUCCUAGGGAACCGAGUGGCAGAGCUGGAGAAGAAACUAAGAACUCUGGAGGUUUCCGGUUUGUGGAGUCUCCCAGGCCUGAGCUACAAUGUUUCAGUUGGAUUUGGGAGGGGCAAGGACACCAUACUGUUCAGUGACCCGACUCUUCCCGCCGUACAGAGGUCAAGGUCCCCACUGUUGAAGUUUGUGGAACAGCCCUCUGAGAACAAGGAGAGCACCGGGGAUGGGUUUCUUGGACCAGCUUCCCACUUGUGGCUCGGCUCAGUCUGGGCCCUCACUGUGUCCUUGGAGGCUCCUCUCCGGAACUGCCCACCUUCCAACCCAUCCCUGCUCAGUUCCCGUCUUCAUCCGUCAGCUGUCGGACCAACCCGUGGCGAUACCUUCCCAUUCCAUUUCCACCCUGCUCAGUUUCCAAGUUACCUUUAGCUGUCUUGACUUUAAUGCCUCAGCUCCCCAAUGUGAUUGAGCCCACCCUCCUCCCCUGAUGAUUGGACGAGCCUUUAACGGGACAGAAUGACUAGCUCUAUCAUUAGCUCGCACUGUGAAACCAGCUGGCUCACAACUUAGAGUUUAGAGCGUUAGUGGGAUGAUGUAAGACUCAUGGGGACAGACAGGUGGUUCUGCCCACCAGAGCUGGGCCAGCAAAGUUCACCCGGCCUCUUCUAACUCUUCAGGCUGCUCACCACAGGGCCAGAGCAGUAAUAAUAGAAGACAUUUCUAGGUUUUCAAAAGAAACAUUUUCAGGUACCUCUGGGAGAAUCCCUAGAUACAGCCUCUUACCUGGUGAAUCCACAUUGACCAGAAAGCAAAACUGGGUCAUUGCAGCCUCCAGCUUGCGCUGCUUGUAAUACUGGCCUCCAGCGCACGGGGGCCUUGUAUGGUGGCUAGUGGUCAUGGCUUGCUGGCAGCCUGUGUCCUCGUGGAGUGCUGGAUCCUCUGACUGUUCUGGGUGGCCCCGGGCCUGCCUGCUGCGCUGAAAGGAGCUCUGGCUGUCUUGAUCUUCACAAGGGCAGCACAAGUGAGGAACUGAUUCGAAAUGAUAGUUUCCAGAGUCCCUUCAUCAGUGCGCAUUGUUCCUGCCUGUCCUGAGCCAGCUCUGGGUGGGAACAAGGACACGUUCUCUGAGAGGCUGUCAGUGUCCCAAUGGCCUCGUCACUGCUGUGGCCUGAUUAAUUCCAUCUGAAAGCUGCCACAUGCAGGAGGACAACAAAGCCCAGCCAGCCAGCCAACAAAAGAUGACAAAUGUCCCCUUUGGGCCCACGAGCGGGGGACACAUUUUUAGGGGACUAACAAUCUUUUCUACCACGCCAUUUCUUCUUCAUCCUUUAGAGAAAAAGAAACAAUAUUUUUCUUCCCACUCUGUCCUGAAGCAUUUGUCUCAUCCUUAUUGAUGUGUGCAUUGUGACUAAUAAGUAUUAAUGAUAUUAAUUCUGUUGGUGACAGCAGCCCAGAAUAAUUACUAUUAUUUGCAAUAAUAUUUUCCAACUUUGCCUAAUUCAUAAGUCUUUUAUGGAAAUGUCAGUGCUGUGAGUCUGUAAUUAAAGUAAAAGUAAAGCUUCUCAUGGCUGGCUUAAGAGUUAUCGCCCCGAGUCUUAGCAUUCAAAGAGAUUUGGUUCCCAUAACAGAGAAUCAGAGGUCCUAAUGAAGGCGCGGCAGCUGUCACAAGUUUCAGCACUUUUCUGGGUGGAUUGGUGAUUGGCGUAAGCGUGCUGUUUGGAUGCUUUCUAGAUAGACUCGAGGGGAAGAGGGUAUUGGGAAACCCUGCCGUACCCACAAUUUCCAGAACUCAUAUUCAUACUGUUCUGGUGCUGUCCAGCAAAGUACACUGGAGCACACAACAGAACCACAGCUAGUGUCCCUUAUCCUUCUCAGGAGUCCACCAUCUCCUUCUGGUGUCCAUCAUCCUCCUUGGGUGUCUGUUAUCCCCUUCCUAUGACUGCCCUAAGCCUAUGGUGAUAACAGCUGGACUAUGUGCCUCAUACCCUGAGCAAAAUUUUAAAAUAAAAAUGUUUCUCUGGUAACCUCAAAGGCUUUUCAUUAAAGAAGGAGGGGGGAGAGAAGGAAGAAGAGGAGGAGAAGCCGUGGUGGGGGGAGAUAGAUGGUGACAAGAUUCACACAUCUAGACAGGAUUGGAAUAUCAUAUAAAGAAAUAGCGCAAGGCGAAGCACCAGCAACCAAAAGGCCCUGGCAUAAUUUAGACCAACUUCUCUUAGAUGUAAAUGAGGGUGGCAAAGGUCUCAGCUGACCCACAGUAAAAACACACCGCCAGUGGUUUAGGGGUGAGGCUGUUCUGAGGAAGGUUAAUUAAUUUUUCGGGGGCACCAGAAUAUACUAUUAACUGUCUCAGGAGAAGUAAUUUCCUGAGAGUCAUUUCCAGAAGGAGUUUAUUCACCUCACACUGGUGAAAAAUGGGGCUGGAGGAAGCACCGUAAUUCGCUCGUUUUGAGUAACUCUCCCCCACCCUGCUGGGAGCGGGAUCCGUUUUGACUCAGUGUUUCUCAUGUCCGUCAUAGCCACUGGAAGGGUUUUCAUUUGUUAGUUUGAAAUUGAUGUAAUUGCUUCCCUGAGCUGCCUUGGAUGUAACUAAAUAUUUGUCGGAGUUAGGCAUCUCUAUCUCUUUUGAGAAAGAACCUCUUCGAGAAGUUUUAGGGUAGUUACCUGAAUCUACCCUAAAAUGAAUACUAUAAAUUUAAGUUGCUUUCAUAAAGUGAUGCAUGGUGUUUAGGAUGUAUGCUAAUAGAUUCCCUUUUUCAUGAAUGCAUGUAUUAGUCCAUAUAUCCAAGCACUUAGUAAGAUAUUUAUUGAGUCUCUGCCGUAGAACACUGGCGAAGUUAAAAAAUUAAUCAGGCAAGACUUUGUACUUAAGGUAGUUAGUUAUAAGUAACAACUUGAGGUGGGGGAAAAAAGCCUCUAAGUUUUAGGAGGUCUAGACCGCCUCGUGCGAAGCCUGUCACUGGGAAUAGGGCUUGUGGCCAGAUUUAAUCUUCAUGGGGGAGGUGGGGGCUGGGCUGUCCCCCAGAGGCUCCCUUUGGAACAGAGAAGGGAAUGAGAGCUCCAGGGAGAAGGGAAACGAGUAAAGUCCCUGGGGAAGAUGCAGUACCGAAAGGGACUGAUGUGUCUGGAUGGAGGGGUAGAAGGAGAGGAGCUGUCAGAUACAAGGAGAAGUGGGGUAUUACAUCAUAAAUGAAUAAACACUAGGUUGCAAACUUGGGCUGUGCUGCCCAGACUCGGUCACCUUCAGAGGUUUUCCACGUGGAGGAAGACAGGGGAGGUCUGUAUGUCACUCUAAUGGGAAGCACCAUCACCUGAGGCCUUGUGAAAGCAUGCAUGCUGAGGGGUGGAGCCGGAGAUCCUGUAGCACUAACAAGCUCCCAGGUGCAAGUCCCUAGACCCAGUCAGAAUGGCAAAGCUGUGGGGAGGCCCCUGGCCUGGCAGUGGGGAUUAAAGCGUGACCCUGUUAGGGACUGCACACACUGUCAUCUUGGCUGAACAGAUCGCAACAGGCAAUUUUUCCCCCUCAAUUCAAGGCUUGCUUUUCUCAUAUAUGUGUUCAUGCAUUUCAUUGUAAGGACAAGCGCUGGGCUCAUUUUCCAGGAUAAGACUGUGAGGAAGAAUAACACAAGGUGUCCAUGACUGAAUACAGACUUGAAAAUGAGGGGGAAAAAAUUGGUCAAGAACCUGUCCCUGGGAUUCCUCUGUGGUAUCCAAAAGGCUGACAAAAGUGAAAUGACUCCUUUUAAUGUGAAAAAUCAAAUUCGGAUCAGGAGAAGUAGGUGGAAGAGGUUUGGGGACAAGAGGCAGUGGUCGCCUUGCUCAGGUGAAGCCCAUGUCUCUCCCAGUGGCUCUAGUGUGUUUGCCACCGCAGCAUCAUUUCCUCUGUGUGAGCCAGCCUCUUCUCUUUGGUGGUAUCACCGAAACCUUGUAGAAAACCUGAUUCAGUUUUUUCUGGGGUUCUUCAGUUCUGUUAUAACCAGAGAUCAAACAUUUUAAAAAAUAUUUUAGCUGACACGUAAUGGCUGCACUUAGUUAUGACUUACUAGAUGCCAUGUGACAUGUCACACGUGGACAUAGUGCAUAAAGACCAAAUCAGAGCAGUUGGUAUAAUCACCACCUCAGACACUCGCCAUGCUUUAGGUAUUAGAGACAUUCAAAAGCCUCUCUAUCAAUUGUUUUGAAAUCUACAAAUAGAUUCUGUCAACCUUACAGUUAUUUCAAAGUUUCUUAAACCUUUAAAUGCAUACUAGGUAACUAAAUGUACCCCCAAAUGAGUAUUUAUUUAAUCAAAUAGAUAUGUUCAAAACCCUUAUCCCUUUCCAUUCAUAUUCAUCAGUACGUUUCAUGCAUUUUGUUAAAAUGGAUCAUAGAUGGAAUAAAUUACCACAUGUUGUGGAAAUUCUGCAUUUUUAACUCAGCCUUUUCAGAUUAUACCCACUUUUCAGGUUAGAGUUCACCUGACAUAUCCAACUGCAUAGGUUUGUACUUUAAAAUACGUAACAUGUCUAACUUACAUAAGGAAUCCUCUCGACACCUGUCACCUGUCUGAAACCCAGGGCUGGGUGCCCUUGUUUCCUGGGUCACUUACCUGUUGGUUGCGAUGCAAGGGACCCCUCUCCCUGAACCUAGAGGACACAGACCGGAGAGGCGGGUGCAGAGCUUUAGACAGCCAGGCCGUGACCGAGGCCGUGGAAGGACAAGCGUGAGAGCUGCCGCAUGCAUUUCCCUGAGUCUCGGUCAAACGGGUUUGCAGAACCGAGCCAAGUGGUUGGCUGCAUUGUGUAGUGAGUAUAGUUUUGAAGGCUGGGAGGAUCAAAGUGUUGGUACACUCUGUGUCUGGUCAGGGCUCUCUUCCCUCUUGGCUGUGUGCUCACACACUGGAGAAAGAGAAGGCUCAGAUCGUCUCUUCCUAGGGGGGUACUGAAUCUGUGGUAAGUGACCCAUAUCCAUGAUGCACCUCAACCUCUCCCAAAGUCUCACCUCCAAAUGCCCCUUUCUGAACUGGGGGUCUGGAAGGGGGUUUCAACCCUUGGAGAGACACAUCUGCAGUGCUGAAGGACAAAGCUGGGAAUUUUCAUUUCACAAAUGGUGAAAAAGAUGAGGAGGGAUACUCUUGUGGCCUUUGAAGUCUGAAGUCCAUGUGACAUGCAGCAGUACUGAGAAAGCUAAUGCGAGGAGACUUGUGGAG